AAGGGAGAUCGGGAAGUCUGGGUUCAGGAAAGGGCAUGGGAGCCGAGCUAGCAGAAAGGUCACUUCCAUGAGAAAUAGCCCAGAAGAGCAACGCUGGGAGAAGUCAAAGCCAACCUUGUGAGAACAGCGUGGAGAAGUGAGCUGUGCAAGGAGGGCGUGCAGGAGCUCCCAAGCCCUGGAGGGUGGGGGGCAGGUGGCUGCUCCUGGGGCAAGGUCCCUGCCGGAGCUCACAUCAGCCUCGGUGCCCUGUCCCCGGCGGGGCACCCGGUGCCUCUGGACACCCCGGCAGCAGCGAGAGCUCAGACCCGGCUGCUGCGCUCGGCUCCGGGCAGAGGGAACGCCGCCGGCCGCGCUGAGAGUCCUAAUCAAGCUUCUCCAGCCCCACUGUGUCACCUGCUCCUUGACAGUGGUCAGUGGCCUCUUAUAGAAGCCCUGGAAGAAGCCUUUUCCCACAGUCCUCCUCAAUUUGCUAAAGAAGGGCAAUGUCUGCCUUUGAUCAGAGGAACCAGAGCAUGCAGCACACAGAGCCUGAGACAGACUGCAUCACCCCUCGGGUGAAGCCAAGGGGUGAGAUGUUCGUGUUUAUUGAUGGAAAAUGGGCGAAUGACGUCUACUGCCAGCCACCCUUUUCUUCCCACCAGAAACUCUUUAGCAAGAAGGCACAGAAUGAGUGGAGCAUCUGGGAGGAGAACAGAGCACUCUGGCAGGAAAACCAAGUCCUCUGGAUCAAAAACAGGAUGCUCUGGGAAGAAAACAAGGCCCUACAAUAUCUCCAGUCACAGAACAAAUCUUCCCAGGUAAUUUACACUGAUGCUAUUCAGCAAAGCCUCAAGAGCAAAAAUAAGCCAUUUCCACUCUUCCAAGAGAGGAGCACGGGUGUUCAGCUCAGCUUGGGCAACAAAGCUCUCCAGGCAGUUCAGGGAAAGAAUGAAAUCUUUGAGGAUUUCCAGCAGGAGAAUAAAGCACUCCCUGUUACCUGGAAAGGCCCAAAAGCCAUCACUGUCCAUGAAGAGAGCAAAGAUGCCCACUCAGAUCUUCAGAAGAAUACUGACGCCAUUGCAGCUGUGGAAAAGUGUAACCCUGGCCCAGUGCCCCAGCAGAAACAUGAAGGUAAAAGGAAGAGCACUACUCCAACUCAGAAUAAGAUCGAGUCUGCCCCACGUAUGCCAGGAGAGCAUGAAAUCCUCCAGGUUCUCCAGGAUUUGUGUGAGCUUCUCCACACCUUCCUGAAAAUGAACCCUCCUCCUAAGGAGAAACAGUGCUGUCACAAUCUCUAUGAUGUGAAGAGAUCCUUCCAAGAAGAUUACAAUAAACUGAAGCUGCAGCUGAAUGCUGUGAAAAACACUGUGUCAGACAUUACAGCUCAAAUGGAUAUGCUGGAAAAGGAGAUCCCUGCCAUCACUUCCCCAGUGUAUGAAGAAGCAGGGCAGAAGCUGACAACUGAGCAUCAGCUUGGAGACAUGUGAAGCUUGGGGUCAAAACCUGCUAGUUCAUUCCCCAGAAAGUUUUUUUUUUUGGUUUUUUUUUUUUUUUUUUUUUUUUUUUUUUCAGGAAGCCUAAUAAAAUCCCAAUAGACCCUGAAGAUAUAUGAGGAACAUUGUGUCUUUCUGAAACUUUCUUGCACUACUUCGAUAUAUUUUACCUUCUGGUUAUAUGGUGUAGGUGACUGUCAUGAAUUUGCCUGGUGUCAGGAAUCAUGUUUUUCAGCAUUUUUUUUCCAAAUUUUCUGAUAAUAAGGCCUAGAUUUUCAGAAGGUUAUUGCCUGAGGAUCUCAACUCUGAUUACAGUGCGCCAGCUUGUAGUCCAAGGACAUAUUCAUAGUCUCUGCUAAAAAAGCACUGAUUAAUAAAGGAGGAUGUCUCCUCCCAGACAUCAUGGUGGGGACCACAGGAGAGAAUGGAGCAGGCAGCAGGACUUCUUCUGCACAGAGCAGUGAGGUUGAUUUCUUGAAUAGUCAGAUAAAGCAGGCUUUUACCUGCCCCAGAGCAAGAACGUAGGUUGCCAAAAGCAGCAUUUUGAUGGCUGUUCCAUGGCUUAAGCCAGUAUUUAGAAGGACAUCUACUCACACUACAAUGGACAAGCCAGUCUCCAGUGAUCUGCUGACACAGAAGAGGAGAACCUUUUGAUCAGCUCAGGUUUGAAGUUCUGGUCUAAUCUCAAUUGUGUGGCCAGAGUGGCUGGAAAUGCAUUUCCUCUGUCUCGGACAGUCCAGAUGCAGUGCACUUUGUCACAAUCUUUCAGGCAGAAUAUGGGAACCUUUAAGUAAUCUGACAAGACAGAUGCAGGGAGACUUCUGCAGAGCAAUUGUGGAGCAUUACUGUAAAGCAAAGGAGAGGUUACAGUGAGGUUUAUCUGUUGCAACAGGACCCCAAAAGCAGGCUGCCACUCUAGUUUAAAAGUCUCUAAAUGAUUUGCCACAGAAUUACGUAAAGCAUGAACUAUCUUUCACCUUGUAUUUCACUCAGACAACACCAUGCCAAGUGCAAGUGAUGACUUUAUUUCAGAGGCUUAAAACAACAGGUAUUUUCUUCUGCUGUUCAGGCUUUGGGAUGCUGAGGCAAAUCUUGUACAUGAAGCUAAAUGGCUGUCUCUUGCUGGUGUGGGUAGGGCUGCAUCUGUAAAAAUCAGGUGAGAAGAAGAGGAACAAUGCUCAUUAAGAGGUGGAUGUACAGACAGCAAGUUGCUCCUGCUUAAUGACUGGGUCACAGUUAUUAACAGAUUAAUACUUCAGCACUGUGCUGGGAAACAUGUUCAUGUUCUGUGCCUUCAGACACGCUGCUUUUCUCUGUGCCAUCUCCCUCACCGGGUUCGAACAUAAUGUUUGGUAAGAGGGAGAAACAGGACUAGGAAGACCCUAAUGCAGAGGCUCAGAGGAGGGUAGCAGAAGAAAAAACUCUGACCGUGUGUUCAUACUUAACAAACUUGUUUGUGUUCCAUUACAAGAAAUAAACUGCUUUUUUGCCAGUA